GUGGAUCAGCCCAUACAUACGCAUAAAGUAACAACAGAAGAUGGUUAUAUUUUGUCGGUAAAUCGGAUUGCUGGUAGAAAAAAUUCAACUCCCGUUUACUUGCAGCACGGAUUAAUGGAAAGCUCCAACGACUGGCUGUUCCUUCGAGAAAAAUCAUUACCAUGCAUCCUUGCCAAACAAGGUUACGAUGUUUGGUUGGGAAAUGCAAGAGGCAAUACUUACGCAAAGAAGCACAAGAAUUAUACUGUAAAUAGUCGACGCUUCUGGAAUUUUAGUUGGCAGGAAAUGGGGGAAUACGAUGUACCAGCCAUUAUAAAUUAUAUACGGAAUGAAACAGGCCAAGACAUGUUUUAUAUCGGCUACUCUAUGGGUUCCACCAUGUUCUCCGUGAUGGCAAUUGAAAAGCCCGAGAUCGCCAAGAAGGUGAAAGCAGCAAUUCAUCUUGCACCUGCGACUUAUAUUAAUAAUAUGAAAUCACGGGGUAAAUUAGUCGCUUUCUUAUGGCCAACAAUUUGGAAACUCUCGAAAUACAGCAAGGUAUACGAAUUUCUACCACAGAGUGAUUUCUUCGAUGAUUUUACCAAGUUAGUAUGUCAUAACCCACUACUAAAUGGUCCGGUAUGUGGCGGUGUCUCAAUUUUCGGAUUCCAACCAAAAAAGCGUAUCAUACAUGAAAUUUUUAGCAACAUUCCAUCAGGCACUUCAAUUAAGCUGUUUGUCCAUAUGCUCCAGCAAGCGAGCGGAAGACCUUUUCAUAAGUUUGAUUAUGGCUACUUAGGAAACCAAUUUAAAUAUACAUCAAGCCAACCUCCAAGAUACGACAUCUCCAAAAUUAAAGUACCUGUAGCUGUUUAUUGGUCGGAAAACGACAACUUCGUUGGCGAGGAGGAUGCGCAUCGGUUUUACAACGAGACAUCAAACAAACUGGGCAUAUACAAAAUAAACGAUACACAAUUCAAUCACAUCGACUUUUUACGAGCCACUGACGCUGAUAACUGGGUGUAUGGGCAUGUUCUUCAAAAACUAUCGGAAAUAAAUAAGAAAUUUAAUGACAAGUUAUGA